GGCCAGGGUGGGGUUGCAGACCAGGGAGAGAGUUUCAAGUUCAAGUGCAAGAUUACAUGUUCCUCACCAAGAGGAAGAGCUGAGAAAAAAGUGUGGUUACUAAGCUGAGAGGUGUCAUCUGAAUGCUGCUGUAACCUUAACAGCACAUUGAUUCCGAAUGAGAGAAAAAGUGAACAAGAGAAGCCAGGGAGAAAAAUCCACCCCUCUGCUUUCUCUUCACUGCUACUCUCCUCCUCUUUCCCUCCCACUAAGAUAUUCUGUCUGAAGCCACCCCCUUCUCUCUCUCUCUCGAUCUGUCCUCUCUCCUACACAUGCACAUACUAUUAAACACCACUUUUCUUCUUUUUCUUCGUCUCUCAUCAGGUCGUCUUUUAGUGCACCGUUUUAAGAGCCUCUAGUAUUUCUGUUUCUCUGGAGAAACCAGCUCAAUGCAGCUCUCUCUCUCUCAGCUGUGUAUCACACACUGGGAUAGCCUGUUUCUCAUUGAGAGGCCCUUUUUUUACUUGUAACACACAAGUCUUGCUCUCUUUUCAGUGCAGGUUUCCCUCCCCCUCCCCUUCUUCUCUACACUUAUCCGUAAAGAAAGGAAGGAAGCGGAAGAGAGAGGUGUUUGUGAGGAGGAAUGAUGAAAAGGCAGAGAGAGAGAGAGAGAGAGCGAGAGAAGGAGGGGGUAAAAGAAGAGAGCAAGACUGAGGAGAGUGGACUGGCAGAAACGUGAAAUACGAGAGGGAGAAGAGUAAAGUAGGAGAGGAACCCGUAAGAGGAGAAACGAGGGAUGGCUGACCUGGAAGUGGGCAAAAUCGAGGGAAAGGAAGCCACCGUUCUAUUCCAACACUUGCUGAAGCUGUGAUGCAUCACCUGAGAUCUGCUCUGGUGCUCCUCAGGGACUACAGGUGUUCACUCAUACGACAUAAAGCUCAAAGGAGAACAGCUGGUCAGUGAUCAGGUUUCAACUUAACACCUGGACAUUUUGGGAAAAUUGGAUUCCUUCCAUAUACUGUUCUGGAGAGGCUAUGACUUGAUGCUGAAGAAUAUCUUGAUGGCUGAAAUUAUGCCUAUAGUGGAGGAAUUUGACCAGCAGAAAAAUUAUGAUACAGUAUAUGAGUUCAGGCUACAGGCAGCAGCAAACAAUUUCAUUGCUGCAGCCUCAAGGCUGCCCAGAGCCUCUGGAUGUUUCCCCCCAUGUGGUUUCCAGGUUCAAGGUGCUGUUUAUAACUGCAUGACCUGUCAGUACGACUCCUGUGAGUUCCCGCUGGAUUGCCCCGUGAAGGAAAUCAAAGUAAAUGAGAACAACAGGACUCAGAUGUGGUGUAAGAUCCCUUUCCUGCUUCCCACAGAUGCAGAGAUAGUCUGGAGAUAUGCAAUGGAGAGAACGAUGUUGAUGGAUCGGUUUGACGAAGUCACGGUUGGAGUGGAUCCACUUUACUUCAUCCCCUCUGCCCGGCCUGAGCACUCAGGCACCUACCAGUGUGAAAUAUUCUCUCAGGAGCACUCACUUGUCCGUAUCUACUACUACCUCACAGUAGUCCCUAUGGCACAGAUAGGCCAUGCAGAACUGCAGGAUGUCUUUGAACAGGCUCUCCUCCCAGGAGGCCAGUUCCCUCCCCUGUCCUCUACAGAUCCAUUCACCUUAUUGCUGCCCAGUCCUGCCCUUGUCACCACCUGUCUGACUGCAAUGCUUCUGCUGGUCUUCUUAAGUCUAGGGGCGCUACAUUGGUUAUCUUAUCAGAUUGGGAACAGUGAGUCUGAUCCAGCCCAGGAAACAAAACUCACAGAAAAAAAGAAAUAUUUGAUUCACUGCUAACAAGAGAAGCACGAUAAAAUAUUAAGGCA